AUGAGAGGCAUUGUAUUGAUCAGAGGCCAAUCAUACGUACAGCUUCUAGAUGACAUCAAUAUCAAAGAUCCAGAAGCGAUCCGUCGUGUUGUCAGGCAAGCCGUUACGCUUCCAUUGAUUGACGAAGUUGCGAGACAAGGAAUUAAGGGGUGCGUAUCUGGGCCUAUAUCGAGCUUACUUGGUACAUCAACCCGACCCCCUACUUGGGUUGAGCAACAAGCCGCGAACGAUAUCCAGAAGCUAUGGGAACGUGGAAACAGAUACCAAAUUCAUAUCAAGCGCUUAAUACAGGAUUGUGAUGUGACAAAGGCAGAUUUUCUGGUUGUAAAGGGGGUAGAAAGUGCUCGUAAGUAUUGUAUACAGGCUCAGGAGGAAGAAAGGAAAACCGAGGAACAUCGAAAGCGUGUACAGCCUGACACCAACGAGUACCAAGAUCUUUCUGACAAGGAGGAUGACCAAAAGUUACCUCAAGCACCGAAAAAUGCAUAUAAACCAGAGAAAGGAAAUGCUACUGACUAUCUCAGAGAAGCAACUACUCCGAAUAAAGAGCAAAAUAGAAAACGAAGCGAUGCUGGGCAAUCUCCUACGAGAAGCAUUUCAGCUGAAUUGCAGGACUUUGAGAAAAAGGAGAAUCGAAAUCAAAUCACGCCUAUAAACAAGCCGGACACCCAUGGAAUUAACAUUAGUGAAAAGAAGGCUGGCAAGCCUAAGGGCACCCCUGGAACUCGAAUGUUGAAUAGUCUAAGAGAUCACAACUCACCUGCAAUUGAAAGUGUAAAAACCCCAGAGAAACCGUCAGGUCGCCGAACAAGAAAUUCUCAGAAGAGUGGUGGGAGCAGUGGGAUUGGUUCAAACGGAAUCAUUCCAUCCCCCCAACUUAACUCGCCACAGAUUGACUCCCGUCCGAGUCAGGAUACAAGUAAUGUUUUAAUGAAAGAAUUGGCUGAUUAUAAUAAACGUGGGGCGACAGAAACGGAAACUCUUGAUAGAGAGAGAAAAGAUCAAGCUGUGAAGCAGCAGCCGGAGCCAAUUAUAGAUAGCGAAAUUGAUUUCUAUACUCCUGAACCACGAAUCACAGGGUAUAAAAGGAAGGGAGGUCACGGAGGCGCAAGAAGCGGGCCAGCCCGGGAGAAACGGAGGAGCCAAAAAGAGAACGACGAUCGUUCUUCCAUUCAAAAAAGUCAAGAAGACCAGUCGGACAGUGCGGGUAACCCAAUCGGAAUAGAAGAUGGUUCAGAUAUUGAGACUGGAAUGCAUGGGUAA